AUGCAAAAAAUCUACGGUACUAAAGUCCAAUAAGGAAACCCCUUAGAAGAUGUUGAAAGAGAAAUGAAGCAACAAGCUUAUCUAUCUGGAAUGUAAAAUAUUUACGGUCACUACAACGUUCAAGCUCCAAGCAUAUACUACGACCCAGACAGCCAAACGAUACAUACAUUCAAGGACAUACCCUAUCUUAACCCCAUGCAAAAACUCUAUGGACCCAGUGUUCAAUCAGAGUAAUCCUAAGCUUAAGAUUUUAUCGCAAAAAGAAAAGGUUAAAAACAGUCUCAUAAAAGAAAUGCAGAUGAUGAUGAAAGUGUCAAGCCAACAACUCCUCAAGAUAAAUAGAUGAAGUAAUUAAAUUAAUUAAAAGAUAUAUAUGGCAUCGAAGAUCCAUUCAAGCAGCCCCAUUAGUAACAUCAUAAGAAACCCCAUAAAGAAACAUCAUAGAAACCACAUCAUCAUAAAAAAGACACAGACCCAGACAUGAAACCUAUGACACCAUCUGAAAAGACAAAGAUGUUCUCUAGUGCUCUCAACAAGAUUUAUGGAGUUAAGCCAGAUUAAAAACCAUAUAAGCCAGUAGAUUAAGAAACUUUCGAAAAGUAACAAUCAUCUAUCAAGCAUAAGGCUUACAAAAAGACCCUUGAAAAGAUAUACGGUAAGAAAAUAGACAAGGAUGAAAAAACUGGCAAGCACGAGGUUGUUGACUGGGAUUCUGAAUACAAGCCAAGAAAAGACAGGAAAAACUAAGCUACCUCAGUCUAAUCUGAUGAUGAAGAGUGA